AUGGGCGUUUUGUUUGAGUAUGUCCGGCAAGAGCGAGAUGCCGUCUUUGACGAGCUCGCACUGGCGCUGGAGGAACUGGAGCUACCUGGAUCUUUCGAUCUACCAGAUGCGUGCUUACAGCUGUACCAUGCAUUAUGUAUAAUCCGCUUCAUCAGCUCAUGUGCUUCGUACGAAUGGAGGGCACAUUUGCCCGACGAAAUGGUACCCGAGUCUCGGGGGGCGUGGCCUAGUCCUCCGCCAUUGGCAGAGGACACUGCACGCCACUUGGUCUCUAAUCUUCUCCGACUUGCUGAUUCGCUCCUUAUGUAUGAGCAAACGGUCAUCGAUACACAAGUCAACAUGAUCGGUCGCAGCUUACCGGAGCCCGACCGUACCCGUACACUCAACUUUCUUCAUCAACGAGAGCAAGACACGGUACUACGUGAGCGUGACUAUUUUGUAUCCAUGAUGGAUGCCUGCCAGGGCCUCCAUGCCGGCUGCAUCCACCGUGAGAACUUCCAUGUCGUGUUGCCGUAUUUCCCCCCUCAGCGACCUUCAAUCCUACCAAAAGAUCAUGGCGGUGUCACUUUUGAAUCAACUUGCUGGUCCACUCCAGCAGACAGUCUCGAUUCGACGCCCGUGACAGUUGCCGCCAUGCUCUCGCGCGAGUUAUCCACCGUCCUGCUGUAUCUGAGCUCAAGCAACUGGGAAACGACUCUGAAGUGCUGCGGUUCCGUGAUGGAUCCACGUCUCUACUUGCGUCCGUACGAAUCGCUCCAUUGGCGCUGGCCCGAACUACAGCGGUUCCUGUUCAGCUUGGCAGGCCGUGUCCCGCACUUGCCGCGUCGCGUGCUUUGUCAUACUAGUGUGGUGGUACGACGUAUGCUGAUCAAAUGGUCGCUCAGGCACCCGGAAGAACGAAUGAGAGUGUGUGCGAAUGGCUUGCCCGAGGCAGCCGUCGCGUUGUUCGAUGCGAUGUUCACCGUCCUCGACUCGCCGCGGCGCCGCGCCGUGUUGUGGCCGACGCUCUGUGUCCUCAGCGGCCUGUCGCCACACAUCCAUAUACCCUCACGCACACGGCGUGAUGCAGGCACAAAGAAUGCGCAGUUGCUCGAUUCCGUUGUACACAAUCUCGCGAACUCACGGACCUACUACCUUUCGCUGUUUUCGAUCGCACUCAUGUUUGAAAUGGCCUCGCUUGGGAAUAAGCCGCUGCCAGAAAUGCUCAUUCAGCAAUACUUUCAACGCGUGUGCGAGCUGCUUCCUACGAUGCGCACGAAUGAGACACGAGUACCAGCUCUAUUCCUCGCGGCUCUGGUACGCAGCCGCUAUACGCAGCAGGUGGCUGAGAUGCUGCAGGGUGCAAUCCAGACCCGUACGUGCCACCAACUGGUGCUCGUAAUUUCUCACACGAUCAAUCUUCUGUGUUCCUACAAGAUUGACCCGUCAUGGAAAAACACAUUGUUUCCGAUAUGUGCAACGGUUCUUCGGCGCAACCUCUGCAGCACAGUCAGCUCGUGGAUCGUGCGUCGCGAUAGGUCAGAGAUGUCCAUCUCGGCUGUGCAAAACAAUUUGGCCAAUGCCGUUGCCGAUCCUAUGAGCUUAUUGUCGGCCCUGCCCGCUACGCAGUCGCUCGACCCCUCUUAUCUGCUCUCGCUGUCGGGGCAUCAACUUGAAGCGGCUCUGCAGGAUGACUCGCUAUUUUCACUGGUACUCGCGCUCGUUCAUAUGCCCCCCACGAUGCUGACAUUGCAUGCAAUGGCGAUGUGUGCCCUGAAGCGGCUCAGCGGUGGGGUGCCGCCCAAGGUAUUGAUGUUGCGUUUCACAUACCUUUCACCAGACAUGUUCCAGCCAUUAGAGAAACCCUUGCCUGUCUCUCAAAAAAUUCUCGCGAUACUCCUGCCUUACGACAAGGAACUUAUACACCAGAACGCGAUGCAGCUAUUCUCUGCGGAAACGCAAGGCUCACAGCGCUACUGGCUGACGUCUACCCAAACCUCGAUCAAACGUAUGGUUCGUGCCAAGCAAGUAUCCUUUCCGCUCGAGGGGCCCAGUGCAGUGCUAUACGGCUUGUGCUGCUCGAAUCAUGCCGUGGUCAUGGCUGCCAAAGAGCUGGGCACUCUUCUUGGGCAGCACAUGAAGCUACCUGCCCCGCUGCCUGCACUGCUCGCGCGCUUACCGGACCAAAAGCUACUGUGCCAAACUCUACAGGCUGUUCCAGCGCCCAAUCUGGUCGUGCGAACUACAUGGAACGCACUCUUCCGCCGCUGGAAGAUGCUACUACCGCGUCAAAAAAGUAGCGUUACCUUGUUGCAUGAGCUGCAACACAUAACGCGUGUGCUUGGCGCCAGUAUGCAUGUUGCUCUUCACGACAUGGUAUUGACGAAAGAGGAACCGGUGAUGCGUACUGUAAGUGAGCUUCUGCAGGAUCCAGCUCAACACCCGUUUGCGCUUACAUUGUUGGCGUCCAUUCCACACGCUGGACUGUCGCUGAUCCUCGAUCUUGUGUACCAUGGCAGUACGGACGACUCGGCAGUUACUGUGUGGUUGCCGACACUGGCUGCCGUGGUGCCGCGGCUCGGAAAGAUGCAGGUGCCUGCUGCGACGCUCACAAUAGUCAUGGAAAUGCUGCUGACAUGUGUUCGGAGCGUGCACAGGGACGAGGACCGUUCUAAAGUGUGCCGCGUCGCGAGUAUCAUGGCCACCAUGAAGGCCCCAGAGGUCGAUGCGAUGCGGUUCGAACUGGUCGACAGCAUGUUGCCAUGGGCACUCUUAUCACUUUCGCUGCGCCACGAAGUGCUGUCGUGCAUGGUCCCUUUGACAAACCGGUUGCAGCCGUUCAUGUCGUCGUUCUUGAAGCGCAUCGAUCUGUCGCCACAGAGCGCGCAGCAUCGCCGAGCGGCGCGUGCUGUCGACCGUCUGCUGCGCGCCGGUACGAUGAGCGACAAGAAACAGGGACUUGACGUGGUACACGACCCUGAUGCGUGUCUGGCUAUUCAGUCGCUCAGUCAGAUAUUCGAACAGAACCCCGAUUUCUUGCGAACCGAGGCUGUGUCGCUAACAGGCACGCCGCUCGUUGUGACGCGAUGCAUGGUAAUGCGAGCCAUGGCGAAGGUUCUCAACUCACCGACGUUCCAGGCGGUCGAGCUUGAGUCGGUGCACUCUCACCCCUCUCUGGUCGAGAUGCUUUGCAAAGACAAAGGGCGCUGGGUCGCAAGCAAAGUGAUGCAGGCAUCGACGGACGAUGUGCCUGAGUGGGAGCGAGCGCUCUCUGGCGCAUUGCUGCCGCAUCAAGUACACGAGAUAUUGCGCAGUUUGCUCUCGCUGGAAGUGCAACAGUGCCAGGGCGAGCAGCUGUUGAUGCGCUCCAACUCGCCCGCGCUUGUGUUUUUGUCGGCGUAUGCACGUCGCUCGGCGCAUGUGCAGCUGCAAUCGCUGGUGCGGCGCCUCGUCUUGGAGGUUGAGCUUGUGCCCGAUCAAGCGCUGCUCAUGGACGGCGGCGGCGGUUCGGAAAGUGCAUCGUUUGCGCGGCACCGUGAGACAGCGGUGCGGCUAAUCCACACAUUGCGCGAGUCGCUCGUGUCGUUUGUACUGUGGCUCCCUGCCGAGCUGCAUCAGGUGUUUGUGACUCUCAAAGACACGGUGGCUGCGCGCUAUGGCAAGGCAAGUGCGACACGUGCCCUGCAUGCAUGUUUGUGUCUCCGAGUGAUUGGGCCGACCAUCGCGGCGCCAUCCAUGGUGGAUGUGACGCCACCGGCGAACGACUCGGGCCAUCGCGCUUUGCUAUUUCUAAACAAAGUGCUGGUGGCGCUACCUCAGGGUGGCUUCCUCUCACACCGUGAAGCGACGCUGACACAGCUGAAUGACUCGGUUGCGGAGGCUUCGUCUGAGCUUCACCGCGUUGUUCGCGACACGUCUGAACGCUUUGUGGCGGACAUUCCGGAUCUGUCUAUGACACGAACCCCCUCGCUUUCGGCCGUGCGGGCCUUGCAUGCAUGCUUCCGUCCGAUUGCAGACAAGGGCGACGCCGAUGCCAAACUUUUACUCGACCUUGUGCCACCCGCACUGUCGCUGCCUGAGCGCAUUGCGCUUAUCAUGGACGGCCGCGACCGUGCGACGGUGUACGAAGACUUUAUGUCGACGUAUCGUGAAAGCGACACGAGCAUCGCAUCAAGUAUUUUCUAUGAGCUGCCCCGCGAGUCUCGUGCGGCAUUCUGCUUGGCCUACACGCACAUGGACAUGGUCCGUGCAGACCUGAUUGGUCUUGUGUACUAUGUGAUUCGCACGUUGAGCUUGCAGAUGAGGCCCUGGGAUCUCGUUUUAGACUUGACUGGCGCGUCGGAGCGCCAGAUGCUGCAGUCACAGCUGACAGCGCUCAUUGUGGCGCUUCUUCCUGACACAGCGUUCUGGCAACUGUCGACUGUGUAUGUCAUGAAUGCCGGCGUUGUCUUAAUGCGGCACAGCUGGUCAUUGGUGGACAUACAUCAUCAGAACCCCUUUUUACGCCGACGCAAGUUGGAGGGUGGUCCACCGAUAAAAAUUGUUUGGGUCUCGAAGCGAGACGACGCGACCGGCCUGAGCGACCGCCAACUUCAUGCACUAUCACCGGCAUCGCAGCGUGUGCUGUACGCGCCGAGUACAUAUUCUCGCUCGAACGUGUUCCUGGACGAUACGCUGCGCCCCCCCGUACCUGCCGAGUUGAGCGUGAUUGGCGAUACAAUUGUUAUACGGAGUGCUACGCGCUCACCAGAUCCGGCAGUACCCGAUGUGAACAGCUGCGAUGUCAUUCCCCUGGUCGAUGCGGUGCUCUCGACGGAUAACGUAUCGAAGAUUGCCGUGUCGCGACGCUCUUGCUCGGAUGAGCUAUAUAUUCACUCGAAUGAGUGUAUUUCUAUUGUGCAUGAUCUCCGGUGCAUGCAAAUGACACUGAACGAGCCAUCAACGAGCGUGAGCCGCACAGUGCCGCUCACACAGGUGCGCGCAACGUUUAUUGGCAUGGCCCUCUUUUACCGCAUGUCGCCCCACAUGCCGCUUCGGUCCGCGGCUGAUACCCUGUUGCGGGUCACAGGCAUUGAGCGUUCGGCUUCGGAGGGCAUAUACACAAGCCCCCUGUUUGCCAUGCCACCGGUCCCUGAAUCGCUGCGGGAGAGUGUGCUGCGCUCGAUCCUCGAUAUUGCCGGCUCACAUGGCCGCGUGAAUCUCUUAGCCACGCGGCUCGAUGAUCUUAUGUCCAGUGUUCCUCCGGUACAAAUGCGUGCGAUGUGGCGCCACUUGCUCUCUGUGUGGAUGAUGCACCCUGAGCACCGCGGUGCCUUACAGUCGUCAUUCCUUACUAUUCACAAGAUGUCAGCGGAGGGUAUACAGGCGUUUGGCCUUGCGUGUCUGGAUCUGAUGUCCAGCACGCCAUCCCUUUGUGCGCAUUCGAUCCAAGACGCUGUCAUUGUGGCUGCAUCGCCGGCGCUGCACUUCUUCUUAGUGUCGCAAGUAUUUGCGACAGUCACGGCGCCGCCUAUGCCCAAUAUGCGCCAUGUCCUCUGCUCGCUUCUUGGCCUAAAGGCAGUGCAGUGCCUCGUGCCGCAGACGCCGCUUGCACGCUUCCUUCCCGAGAUUCUUGCCCUGGUCCUCCUAUUUACGCAUGACACGGACGAACUACUCCACGAGCUCGUACAUAUGAUGCUGGCCAACACGGUAGCGUGCUGGUCCGGCUUCAAGUCGGCGCACCUCGACAUGGAGGAUCUUUUCGGAGUCUCAAAGCCCACUGUGCCACAAAUGGUCGCCUCCGUCGAAAGAGUGCUCCAGGCACUUGCGCCGAACAAGGAUGUCGAGAACCACUGGCGCACCGUGAUUGAAGUGCGCAUCCGAUCUGCGGCGCUGACGCCCGAUGGGCCUGUCCAAGUGCGUGCACUCAAUGUACUUGGCUUCGUAUCGACGCCAUCGCUCGGCCACAUGCAUUCGGUCGGCACGGCGCUACUUGCGGCGUUCCCGCACUCACCUGAGGUUGUGAAUGCGUGCGCUACAUGCCUGGCGCGGCUGUUCGUUUCGGAUCAGGCAGCAUCACUCUUUUGGGUCGGACUCUCGCUUGUGGCGACGGGCGCGCUUUCCGGCGGAGUGCGCCUCGCACAUGCUGCACUGCGUGCCUUACCUCCAACAAAUGACGUUCAAAAGACGCUGCUCGAGGCGCGAUACACUAAGGCCUGGGACAGCGGCGCCAUGGACCGUGUGCUGGGCGUAUCUUUUGAGCGCGACUUCUCGUUUGCGUGUGCGUCGGUGCUGCGUGUGCCCCUAUGGGAGAAAGAUCUGAGCCUACAGAAAGAAACCCGCGCGCUAAUUGAGCGUCUCAUCGAGCUGGGCGCGCCACGCGCGCCGAAUGCUGGCUCACCGGGCCCUAUGGGCCUCGCGCUGCUGCUGUAUUGCACGGACCCCACUGAAGAUACACGCGAGUCACUGCACUCGGCAGCGCUUCAAAACAAAAUCACUGAAAUUUCUUCCCUGUCCAUUCCCAGCUCCGCCAUGGGGGCUGCGCUCGCGCAGUCGCUUCUACCGCGUGCUAAUGACCUGCAGCUGCAGGCGCUCCUUCCCCUGACAAUCGAGCAUGACCGGUCUCGCGAUUCGAGCAGCAGCGACUCCAGCAUUCGCAUACCCGAAUCACGUCCUCUUUCACAGCUUGGCUUUGCCGGGCUUGUAUACAAACCCGAUUCAGACACGGUUGUGACCGAGUGCCGCCAGUGGCUCCACGACCUUGCCCCGUGGGUCGCCUCGCGCGAUCUGCCCGCGCGCAUUCGCGGCACAUCCAUCGCUGAGCUCGAGCAGGCGAUUGCCGCGAUGGAGCGCGCAUACGCGCUCGAUGAGCCACAGGAAGAAUGGGUCUGGGAGCCCAGUGUGGAGACUUCGCCUAUCGAUGUGUUCGAGGCGCAGUAUGUGCGGGCGUGGCUCGAUCGGCUCAUCCAACAUGCAUGUAGGCAAAGUGACGCCGCACACCUCGUGGAUCCAGCGGCUGCACUCCUUGUUCACCUCGCGGGCCAGGCUGCUGGCGGCGCACGCGAGCGAUUAUACCUUUUCUUCCUGCAUCCUCACGAGGCGCCGCGCUCCCGGAGCGAGGCCGCGGCGGCUGUGCGCAUCCGCGACGUGACGCUAACAGAAGAUGCGCUAGGGGCUCGCACCUGGGGCGCUGCGCCAUACCUUGCGCGGCGGCUGUUGCAGCAGUAUAUCAACGCAACCGCGCGACCAACACACGUCUUGGAGCUGGGCGCAGGUACCGGCUUGGUUGGCCUUGCCCUCGCACAGGGACUUUCAGCGCAAGGCGCUUUUGUGCGCGUCACACUGACUGACCAUCAUGCAGCCGUGCUCGACAACUUGGCGCACAAUGCCGGUGCGAACGCGGUGAACGGCGUCGAGGUGCGCCGCCUUGACUGGCAGCAGGUCUACGAGGCGCGUGGUCUGGCACAGGGGGGCUACCAGACGACUGCACAGACGCUACCGAUUCAUAACGAUGAGCGAGCAGCUGCUUAUGGGGAUGUGCCGCCUGAUGCACAGUACGAACUAAUCGUGGCAGCCGACUGUAUCUAUGAUCCGCAGCAUGCUGUAUGGAUCGAAGCCGUGGCGCUCCAGCACCUGGCGCAACGAAGCGAUACCAUCCACCCGCAGCUGCAGUUACUCAUGCCGAUGCGUUCGACGCACCACGCCGAGCUACAGAGCGUAUAUGAUACAUUCUGCGCGACGCGGGGAUGGGCCUUGGUGGCACAGUACACAAUGGACGGGAUCGAUAACUUUGGACCUGCAGAGCUGCGGCAGAGCGACGGGCCGGUGCGCUCUGGCUCCUUUGUCGCUUAUAGGCAUCUAGUCAUAGAGCGCCUAUAG